GUUGACUGCCUGGUUACUGCACCUGCGACAGAACAGCUGCUCUCUGCUAGCUACUCCUGACUUAGCUUAUUUGUUGUUUACAGUUCGUCAAUCUACCUCCAAAUAUUCUCUACAUAUUAUUAUUAUCUGAGUGUCAUAACACAAAGAUGAAGUUUCAGUACAAAGAAGAACAUCCUUUUGAAAAAAGGAAAGCUGAAGGAGAAAAAAUCAGACGAAAAUACGCUGAUAGAGUUCCCGUCAUUGUUGAAAAAGCUCCUAAAGCCAGAAUUGGUGAUUUGGACAAAAAGAAAUAUCUUGUACCAUCAGAUUUAACUGUUGGUCAAUUUUACUUUUUGAUCCGAAAACGUGUCCAGCUUAGACCAGAUGAUGCUCUUUUCUUUUUUGUGAAUAAUGUGAUACCUCCGACAAGUGCGACAAUGGGCUCUUUAUAUCAGGAACAUCACGAAGAAGAUUUUUUUCUCUAUAUUGCAUACAGUGAUGAAAAUGUUUAUGGGCAUUAAAGUUCUUUUGCACUAUGCUUCAGAGUAAUGCAUAUUUUCAUAUUUAACUUUAAGAUUUAAGUGAUAUUUGCUGUAAUUAGAUACACUACAUAUGUCAUUGAACUUUCAAGUUUAUAAUAUAUAUUGUGUAAACAUUUGAUAUAUCCUAAUAGUUAUGUUAUACUCACAUUUUUCUAUUUUAUUUUUGUAGGCAUAAUUUUAUUCCAUUCACAUUUUAUGUAUAUAAGUUUAUUACAUAUACCUUGAAUUUGUUUUAUUUUUAGUUUUAACUACUGUUUGGGUGCACUAUUGAUGUAUAUGCUUUUGUUAAAUAUUUUUAAUUUUAUCUUUGUCCAUCCAUAUGAUACAAUAUAUCUAGUUCAUUGAAUAUGCUCUGUAUCAUUGUCUUUAUAUCCACAAUCCAAAAUUAAUACGAACAAUUACCUAUAUCAAAUCCAUUGUAUACUAUCUAAGCAUUAGCAUAGACAAAGAUGGUAUGUUAGCUUGUAUUUACUGUUCAGUAUGUUUUGUUUUGUUCAUAAGUGUGAGAUGUAAUUAAAACAAAUGAUGGCACUAUUCAUUUGCAUAUUUUAUUAUAUUUUUGAAUUAUUUGGUUGUGUUAAAGGAGUUUACAGUCAGUAAGUGAGUUUAGUUUUAAGUUAUCCUUUGUUCAUAAACAAAAAAAUAAUAAAUAUAACUAAAUCUU